UUAAAUGUAUUAAAAGUUAUCGAUCUCUAUCCUGGCAUUUUGUAUCCUGGAUGUUUUGUACUCGCGCCUCUUUUCAUUGUUAUUUCUCUGCUAUACUGGCUGCUCAUUGCUUUGCUUACCCACUUCUCAUCACCGCACCAUGUCGCCUAUAUAUAUCGCCGCUUGGGUUUUUAGUGUCGAAGAAAGCUGUUGUGUGUGAGGAGUUGUUCUCUUUUUCUUUUUGGCUGUGUCCUUCCUUCAUUUAUUUUAUUUAUUCACUUAAUUAA